AUGGACGACAGCAUUCGAGACAUUGAGUCGCUCAACAUCUCCAUCGAACUGAGCAGUGAUUGUGAUAAGUAUCCUGCAAAACAACAUGCUCAGCAUGUCGCCCGUCAACUGGGUGUUGGUAAGGGCAUAAUCUUCUUGUCAUCUGGCAAGGAUGGGAAUUACGAGGAUAGCGAUACGCCAGUCCCGUUCCGUGUCAAGCGCUACUUCUAUUACUUGAGCGGUGUCGAUGAGCCCAAUUGUUCCCUUAUCUACAACGUCUCGACCGAUGAGCUGGUCUUGAGCGUCCCUCCGCGACGCACCCCGCGAGAGAGGUUCUACCUUGGAAGCCCGUUGUCGGAAUCCGAAGCUCUCCAGCGGUAUGAUUUCGACGCGGUGGUGGAACCUGUGAAGUUCCUAGAAAGGAUAUCAAAAUGGUUUGAUACAAGUGACGGCGACUUCUACUUGCUCAGUUUCACCGAGUUGCCAAGUUACCUGCAGUUGCUAUACAACAAGUACUACCAGCGUUUCAAUCUUUGCGGACUUUACCCUGCAAUCAACGAAUGUCGAGGGAUCAAAGAUGAUCAUGAGAUCGGCUUGAUCAAGAAGGCCAACGCCAUCUCUGCCAAGGCACAUCGUGCCGUCCUCGUGAACCUACGCAAGUUCAAGAAUGAGUUUGAAAUCGAGAAUCAGUUUUUGUUCACUUGUCGCGCAAAUCGAGCGAAGAGGCAAUCCUAUGAGGUGAUAGCCGGUGCCGGUCAGAAUGCUGCAACGCUCCAUUACACUGCAAAUGACCAGUCCUUCGCGAAGGACAGGAAACAGCUGGUCUGCAUGGACGCCGGGUGCGAGUGGGAAUGCUACGCUUCGGAUGUCACCCGAACAUUCCCUAUCUCGGGCCACUGGCCAUCCCAGGAGGCCGAGGAAAUCUACUAUUUGGUCAAUAAUAUCCUGCGGGUCUGCGUGGGCAUCCUGAAGCCCGGCGUGAACUAUCGCGGUGUCAACUUUCUGGCUCAUCAGAUCCUGGUGAGAUGCUUCCUGAAGCUUGGCAUAUUCCACAACGGAUCCGUCGAGGAGAUCCUGCAAGCAGGCACCUCGUUGGUCUUUCUUCCCCAUGGCCUCGGCCAUCACAUGGGGUUGGAGGUGCACGAUGUCUCGGGCAGGCCGUUGAUUUACCAUACUCGGGAGGAUAUGGCUGCGAGGCAACAUUUACCCGCCCCCGAUGUCGGGGUGUUAAUCAAGCAGCCACUGGUCGCUAACAAGGCAUCAGAAGGUCUUGAAUCAGGCAUGAUUGUGACCGUCGAGCCUGGCAUCUACUUCAACAAACCCAUCCUCUCGGAAUACCGAAAAAUAGAACCGCAUAGAAGCUUCCUCAAUACGAAGGUUCUGGACCGAUACCUGCAUGUUGGUGGCGUCCGUAUCGAAGACGAUAUCCUCAUCACAGACAAGGGGAAUGAAAACCUCACGACCGCCCCGAAAGGCGAAUUUGCACUCAAGAUUAUUCGAGGCGACGUCGAUGAGCACGCCAAAGCCCCGUGCGAAGAGCGCAUGGUAGUUACUCCAGAGACUGCUGUGGAAACUGCCAUAAUUUCAUUCAAACUCCAUCACCAGCGGAUUUGUCGGCGUUGGCAAGAAAGUGUAUAUGAUCCCGUGAAAGAGUGCUCAUUGGUCUCCUAA